AAUCUCAUAAAUCAUUCUCGACCAUAAUGCAAUAUUGCAAAAAAGUGUGUGUGCAAAUAAAAAAGAAAAAGCAAUAAAAAUAAAUUAAAGAUUUGCACCAAAAAUAAAAGUUUAGCCAAUCAACUGACCAGUUUUUUCAUCAUCCAAUUCUAAAUCUUUUUGUCCUUACAAAAUAAUAAAACAUCAACAAACAAUUAUCCAUUUUUGAUUUAAAAAAAUUAACAAGUUUUAUGCUUUGUUAAUUGUCAGUGUCAUCAUCAUCAUUAUAAUCAUCAUCAUCAACCACCAAGUGCAUGGAAUAAUCCAACAUUCAAAACACCAAUGCAAAUAUUUAUCCAGAUAACAAAAUAAAUAAUAAAUCAUAAAGAAAAACAUGUUGACAUUGAUGAAAUAAAAUAAAGUCAAUCAAUUGGAUAAUAAUAAUAUUAAUAAUAAAAAUAAAAAUGUCAGACAACAGUCCACCACAAGUAUCAUAUGGUCGUGAUGUACAUGGACGAGCAAUAAGAGUUGAACCUGGUAGAACAAGAUUAUCUGGUUAUCGUUUACCUCGAAUUGAAACAUUACGUCGUUUAAGUAAUAGUUUUAGAUCAGAUGGUGAUUCAAAUGAUACAUCAGAUACUCAACCAGCAACAAUAUCAUCUGAAGAAGAAAUAACAUGUAAUUCAACAUCAAUAAUAACUGAUCCAGAAUUAUCAGUUGAUGUUACUGAUGGUGCAUCAUCACCAUUAAGAACAUCAAUAAGUGCACCAACAUUAAGUUCAGAUGAUGAUAAUAAACGUUAUUGUUGGGUUUGUUUUGCAACAGAUGAAGAUGAUGCAAUGGCAUUAUGGGUUAAACCAUGUCAUUGUCGUGGUACAACAAAAUGGGUACAUCAAGGUUGUAUACAAAGAUGGGUUGAUGAAAAACAAAAAGGUAGAGCUGGUGCAUAUGUAUCAUGUCCACAAUGUAAUACUGAAUAUAUUAUUGUUUAUCCAAAUAUGGGACCACUUGUUGUUAUAUUAGAUACAAUUGAUGGUAUUAUAUUUCGUAUUUGUCCAUUUAUUGCUGGUGGUAUUGUUGUUGGUACAAUAUAUUGGACAGCUGUAACAUAUGGUGCUGUAACUGUUAUGCAAGUUGUUGGACAUAAAGAUGGUUUAACAUUAAUGGAACAAGCUGAUCCAUUAGUUUUACUUGUUGGUUUACCAACAAUACCAAUUAUGUUGGUAUUAGGUAAAAUGUUAAGAUGGGAAGAUCAAGCACUUGGUUUACUUAGAAGACAUGCUUGUAAAAUACCAAUAUUACGUCAUUUUUUACCAAGUAAUUGUGUUGAUGAUGAAAGAACACAAUCACAAGAAGUACCACCAAUGAGUGAUCCAGUAUCAGCAACAAGAAUAUUAUGUGGUGCAUUAUUAUUACCAACAAUUGCUAGUAUUUGUGGUAAAAUAUUUUUUGAUAAUAUUAAUUCAAAUUUUCGUCGUACUAUUUUGGGUGGUGUUGCAUUUAUAACGAUAAAAGGAGCAUUUAAAAUAUAUCACAAACAACAACAAUAUGUAAGACAGUGCCAACGAAGAAUAAUGGAUUAUACAGAUAGUAAUAUUGCAACUUACAAAAGACAACAAAGUACUGAAAAUAGCCAGACUAGUUAAAAUGUUUAAAAAUUAUAUUAAUAAUAUUAAAUUUAAUUAACAUAAUAAAAAACAAUUUAAAAAAAAAAACGAUAGUAAUGUGAGCUUUCGAAAACUUGACAUGGUGAUGAUAAUUACAAAAAAAAAAAUAUUAUUAUUAACAAUUGUUUCUAUGAUUUUCUUUGGGGAUUUAAAGUUUACAGUUUGACAUGAUUUUCUUUGUAAAUACUCGGGUUAAUUGGGAAACAUGAAAAUAAAUAAAAAAAAAAAAGAUUAAAAUUAUGAUUAAUAAUAAAGUUCAGUUAACCAUAAAUUUAGUUUUUUGUAUUUCUAAAUUUAUUCUAUAUAAAUUAUUUGUCUCUCUACAAAUUACGUAAAUGUAAGUUUAUUUUUUUAGAUAACAUUUACUAUUAUGUUUAUUAAUUAUAUCUUAUUUUCUUUCUUUAUUUUUAAUCCAAUUAUCAAAUUGGAUGAUAAAUAUUUAUAUAGUUUAAAAAAAUUUCAAGAGCAGAUAAGAGUUGUAGUUUAAUGAUAAUUAAUAUAAUUUAUUUUACCAUCACAUGUAGAUAAUAUGAAAAUAAAUAUUCGGUUAAUUAAUGGAAUUUAUAAA